AUGGCCGACGAAAUUUUGGAGCAGUUACCGCUGGCCGAAAAGGUGGCUGUGUGGGGCACCCUGGGGACCAUCCGGCCUCACCUGAAUUUUGAUGCAGCCAAAGAUGCCCAGACUUUCUUCGAGGCCAUCAGUGGCGAAGGGGUCAACUGCGGAGUCGUCAUUGACCUGCUGACCAGCCGGAGCAGUGAGCAUCGCCAGCAGAUUGCUGAAGCCUUCCUCGACUUCACCCAACAGGGCCUGUUGAAAACCCUGGAGGCGGUGGUGCCCGGCCAGUUUGAGACCAUUAUCAGGGCUCUGCUCCGUCCGGCGGCUCAGAACGAUGCCCACGAGAUCCAGGCGGGAUUGCAGAGUCUGGAGGUGGAAACCCUGAUUGAAAUCGUCUCCACUCAAAGGGCGAAACAGCUUCAAGAAACCUUGGCUUAUUAUAAACAAGAUUUCAAAUCAGACCUGGAAACGGAUAUCGCGUGUGGCACCACCGGUGGCUUUCAAGAACUGCUCCUUGCCUUGAUCAAGGGUGAGCGGGAACGCCAUUUGGGGGUGAUCGAUUACGUCUUGAUACGGCAAGAUUCAAAGGCCCUCGCCGACGCGGCCGCUGGUGGGGACGCUGGAGGCCUGGAGCAGAGCGCGUGGGUCCGGAUCCUGGCUCAACGCAGCCCCGAGCAUUUGAGGAGAGUGUUCAGCUGGUACCAAGAGCUGACAGGAAACUCAGUUGAGGAAACUAUGGAGAAACAUUUCCAGGGAGACUUCCGGGAAGCAAGUUUAACGCUGGUUUCCCUCCUGAGAAACACACCGCUAUAUUUUGCCACCAGGCUCCACUCGGCCAUUAAGGAAGUAGGACACAAUCCCCGGACGGCUGUCCGAAUCAUGGUCUCCCGCAGCGAGACGGACCUUCUGAGCAUCCGCGCUGAGUUCAAGAGGCGCUACGGGGUCUCGCUCUACUCCUUCAUUGAGAUGGAAACGCAAGGCGAAUACCAGGCGGCAUUGCUCGGCUUGUGCAAGGCGGAAGAUCUGUGA